AAUCGUAAACGGCAAAACAAAACUUUGAAUUAAUUUUGAGGCAAAACGAAGGAGACGACGUCAAUUUGCAAAGGCCGGCGCCAAAACGUCCCAAACUUCACUAUCUCUCUCUCUUUCUCGCUGACAAAAUUUUGAAAUUGAAAGCUGAAAAAUCACAAGAUCUGAUUCCGAGGGACCGCCAUUGGCGACAGAAGAAGAGCAAAGAUAAGAUAAGGAUCGGGAAAUGAGCGGGGCGACGCUGUGCGCUCUGUUGGGUGAAUUAGGGUACGAAGGGGCUGGUGCAUUGGACCCUGACAGCUUCGAAUGGCCUUUCCAAUACGACGACGCACGACCCAUCCUCGACUGGAUCUGCUCCAGCCUUCGACCCUCCAACGUUCUCUCUCUCCCCGAGCUCUCACAGUACGAGCAGUUUCUACAGGAAGGGAAGCUAUUGGAGGGGGAAGAUUUGGACUUUGCUUAUGAUAGCAUUUCAGCUUUUGCUUCCAGGCCAGAUAACCAGGAGGCAGUUUUCGCAGCUGAGGAGGGACUCAAAGAUAUCCGGGAUGCAACUCAGGCAUAUAAAGCUGAAGCUCUACAGUUGCAGAGACAGCUUAGGCACCUGCAUUCUCAAUUCGACAUGCUUACUGGUCAGGCUUCUGCUUUGAUCCAAGGGAGACGGGCUCGAGUUGCUGCAACAUCUACUGUCAAUGGGCAUCUGGCAACUAUAGAUGAUAGCCUUUCAGCAAGAAAUUUGCAGAUGAAUGCAGUUCUUGGAAGGAUGGCUUCUACAGCACAAGAGUUGGCUCAUUAUCAUUCUGGAGACGCGCUACUUGCAGGGGAUGGCAUCUAUUUAGCUUACUCAGACUUUCAUCCAUACUUAAUUGGAGAUUCAUCUUGUAUCAAGGAGCUAAAUCAGUGGUUUGCUAAGCAGUUGGAUACGGGACCUUUUCGUUUAGUUGCUGAAGAGGGCAAGUCUAAGUGUUCGUGGGUGAGUCUUGAAGACAUCUCAAAUAUCAUCGUAAGAGAUUUAGAAAAAUCCCAUCAUCAGCGUGUCUCUGAGUUGCAACGGCUUCGUUCAAUUUUUGGGACAAGUGAAAGACAAUGGGUGGAAGCCCAAGUUGAGAAUGCUAAACAGCAAGCAAUUCUAAUGGUGCUUAAAUCUCAAGUAUCAUCAGAUGAAGCGCACAUUCAUCUUGAUCUUCAUUCCCUUAGGAGAAAGCAUUCAGAACUUGUUGGAGAACUAUCAAAUUCUUAUCACAAGGAAGAGAAGUUGUUAUCUGAGACUAUUCCGGAUCUUUGUUGGGAACUGGCUCAACUCCAAGACACGUAUAUAUUGCAAGGUGAUUACGACUUAAAGGUCAUGCGACAAGAAUAUUAUAUUAACCGGCAGAAAGCGUUUAUAAAUCAUCUUGUUAAUCAGCUUGCAAGGCAUCAGUUCUUAAAAAUAGCUUGUCAGCUGGAAAAGAAAAACAUGCUCGGAGCAUACUCCUUGCUUAAAGUUAUUGAAUCAGAGGUUCAAGCCUACCUAUCAGCAACAAAAGGCCGUGUGGGUCGUUGCCUGGCACUAAUUCAAGCUGCAUCUGAUGUACAAGAACAGGGAGGAGUGGAUGAUCAAGAUCACUUUUUGCAUGGUGUCAGAGAUCUUUUAAGUAUCCAUUCAAAUGCUCAAGUUGGGCUAUCAACAUAUGUAUCAGCUCCGGGUAUUGUUCAGCAGAUAUCUAGUCUUCAUUCAGACUUGAUGACCCUUCAGUCUGAUCUUGAGAACUCUCUUCCAGAGGACAGAAAUAGAUGUGUCAAUGAGCUGUGCACUCUAAUUCAAAGUUUGCAGCAAUUGCUAUUUGCAUCUUCGACAACCGCACAACCGAUACUGACCCCUCGGCCAUUGAUGAAAGAGCUUGAUGAAAUGGAGAAGAUAAAUGCAAAACUCUCCGCUGCAGUUGAAGAGGUGACACUGGAGCAUCGCAAGAAAAAUGAGAUUGUAAAACAUCACGCCAAGGAAAUCGGGCUUCAACGGGGUGUCUUUGUUGAUUUCUUCUGUAAUCCUGAGCGUCUGAGGAGUCAAGUUCGGGAGCUAACUGCACGUGUCAGAGCUUUGCAGGUUUCAUAAUUCUUGUAUAUGUACAUAUAUAUACACACAUUGUCUCUGCCUGUGUGUGUGUGUGUGAGAGAGAGAGAGAGAGAGAGAGAGGUUGGUGCCUCUGUCCUCAAAUCCAUUAUUCCAUGUCUAUGAAUGUGUGAUUGUGCAUUUUUUUUCUUCUUCUUGUUCAACCUUAACGAUGCGCCUU